CAUGCCACACAAGAUUCGCCAAAAUGUAUAAAACGUGAUCCCUAUCAGCGUCAUACAGAAGUUGAAGGCAGCGAAGAUUGUCUCUAUUUGAAUGUUUAUACACCUGAGGAGCUUCCCAAUACGGCGCCCUUACCUGUCAUGGUCUACAUACACGGCGGUGGUUUUCAAUGUGGUUCAGGCAUUAGCAGCUUUCAUGGACCGGAAUUCCUACUCGAUCAGGAUAUUAUUUUGGUUAUAGGCAACUAUCGCGUUGGUCCGCUCGGUUUUCUCAGCACUGAAACGCUUGAUUGUCCAGGCAAUUUUGGGCUAAAAGAUCAAGUUGAAAUUUUACGUUGGGUACAAGAAAAUAUUGCUGCCUUUGGUGGUGAUCCUACCAGUGUUACGAUUUUUGGUAAUAGCGCGGGUGCUGCUAGCGUCACAUACCAUAUGCUCUCGAAUUCAUCCAAAGGUAAUGCAAAGGAAUAG